CUCCCUUGACAGCUCCGGCCGCCCGUCGUGGUUAUAAAGCUGCAUUUUGACCACAGACGCGCGCGAUGCUCUCAGGGAGCUGCAGGAACAGCGUCCAAGCCAGCAAAGGCGAAAGGCCUCGUGGUUGCCCAGGAGAAGCCCUGGAGGAAGUGCCAGGUUGAGGAGCCCCCGAAGCCUCGUCCACCCCCCAGCUGACGACAAGAGUGGCUAGUCCCCUCGCCAUGCAUUCCCUGGACGAACCCCUUGACCUCAAGCUGAGCAUCUCCAAGCUCCGUGCGGCGCGGGAGAAGGGCGGCCGGACCUUCCCAGGGAGCGCCAGGUGCCCCAACCCCCAGACCCCCGAGGAGGGGACCACCACAGCCAGCCCGGGCUCCCCGACGACCAGCUUGCCGUCACACUCCAAAGGCCACGGCAAGAAAGAGGCCCCCUUUCCCUCGCCUCCCACCAUAGACCUGAGCCUGUCGCCCCCUCCUCCGGCUUCCGACUCCCCCAGCGGCAGCAACUCGCUCUCCCCAGACCGGCACGGCAGUGGGGAGCUGGUCAGCACCUCCAGCCUGCGGGAUCUUCAGUCCUUGCGUUACAUUGACGGCCUGCGCAAUUCCUUCCAGUUUUUCCUUCCUUUGAACGCGGGGGGCGCUUUGCAGCUGCCCACCUCAGCCUUCCUGAUGCCCAGCAAGGAGAAGCGGCUGCCCCCCCCUGAGCUGCCUCUGGCCAAGCAGCUGGUGUGCCGGUGGUCCAAGUGCAACCAGCUCUUUGAUCUCCUGCAAGACCUUGUAGACCACGUAAACGACUUCCAUGUGAAACCAGAGAAGGACGCCGGCUACUGCUGCCACUGGGAGGGCUGCGCUCGCCACGGCAGGGGGUUCAAUGCCAGGUACAAGAUGUUGAUUCACAUCCGCACUCACACCAACGAGAAGCCCCAUCGCUGCCCCACCUGCAACAAGAGCUUUUCCCGGCUGGAAAACCUGAAGAUCCACAACCGCUCGCAUACAGGUGAGAAGCCCUACAUCUGCCCCUACGAAGGCUGCAACAAGCGCUACUCCAACUCGAGCGACCGCUUCAAGCACACGCGCACCCACUACGUGGACAAGCCCUACUACUGCAAGAUGCCCGGCUGCCACAAGCGCUACACGGACCCCAGUUCCCUCCGCAAGCACAUCAAGGCCCACGGCCACUUCAUCUCCCACGAGCAGCAGGAGCUGCUCCAGCUUCAGACCCCCGCCAGGGCCAAGCCCGGCCUGGGCGCGGGGGCCGACGGGCCCGCCUACCUCCACGGCACCCAGCUCAUCAUCCCCAACCCGGCCGCCCUCUUUGGCAGCCACGCCCUGCCCGGCCUGCCCCUGGGCCCGGGCCCUCUGGAUCUCAGCACCUUAGCCUGCGCCGGCGGAGGGGGAGGGCCAGGGCUUGGCCCCGCAGGGAUCGCCGGCCUGCCCAGCCCCAUCUUGGCCCCGCUGAACUUGGCCAAGAGCCCGCUGCUCUCCUCCCCCUUCGCAGCCGGCCGCGGUGGCGGUGGCUCCAGGGGAGCCCGGGCUCCGGGUCCCCAGCGCUGCAAGGAGGCCAACGAACGGACUGAGCUGGCCCGGCUGCGGCCCACGGCGGCCGAGGCCCUGUCGCUGCUGCCCGGGGGGGUCCUGGACCUCUCCACCGGCAUGAACUCUGUGGGAAGCUCCUCUGAGGCCGUGCCCCCCCCGGGCUGGGUGGUGAUCCCGACGGGCUCGGUGUUGCUGAAGCAAGCGGUGGUGAAUUGA